AUGAUCACACCAGCGUUUGAGCUGAGUCAAGACUCGGACUUCCUCACACUGGUUAUCAGAGUUCCCUACACGAGAACAUCCGAGUUUGACGUCUACGUAGAGGGAGAUGACUUCAAGUUCUAUGCCAAGCCUUAUUUUCUCAGGUUGACUCUACCUGGAAGAAUAGUUCAGGAUGGCAGAGAAAAGGCUUCCUUUGACAUUGAUAAAGGUCUGUUCACAAUGCGGGUCCCCAAGGAGACUCCAGGACAGCACUUUGAAGGCCUGCAACUGCUGACCAGUUUGUUGGCGCCAAAAGGUUCUAAAUGUGCCGGACCUUUAGUGGAGGAGCUUGGGGCAUGCAGCAGCAGCGAGGCAGGUCAGGAAGAUGAAGAUGAAGAGGAGUUUGACUGGCAGGUGGAACAGCAGCCGUACGUGGAGUCCUCAGAGGAAGACCUGAAAAAGCUGCAGAAGUACGGCUUUGGAAACCUCAGGACUGGAGUUUUCUCUAGACUUCAGGAGGAACUGACAGAGCUGAUUGAUGUGGAAGACCCAGAAAACUGCACCCCAGCCCAGAGAAGAGAUGAUCGCUUGAACUCAGAGACCAUAUUUUGUGCAGACCACUAUCUGCUCGAUUUAUACGAAGGGGAAGAAAUAAACGAACAUCUGAAUUUCAAACCGUGGUGGAGCGAGCUGAAGCCAGAUGCCUCUGACGAAUCCAUUCUCACUUUUACCAGUGAAGAAAAAGAGCAAAUGAGAAAGUUCUCAAACCGGUCCUACGUGCUGGAUAAGGCAACUAGAUACCACGUCUGGCUCAGUCUGGUGGACAUCAUCCUGGCCUAUGUCUAUGAUGUACGCACUACAGAAGGAGAGCAUAACGUGGAGUCUGGAUGGACCAUUAGAAAAAUCAGCGGUACUUUGAGCUGGUUAGAGACGUAUUCCUCACUACAAGAGGUGUUGGUGUCUUUUGGGAGGAGGACUCUGUGUUACCCGCUAUAUCGUCAUUUCUCUCUGAUCACAACUGCCAUCAAGGACACGGCUCACAUUUUCCAGGGUGGUAAGCCCUUUGUCCUGAAAUGCCUGCUGGCCAUACAUAAGAUCUUCAGAGAGAAUGAGCCGGCCUACAUCCUCAACGACCUCUACAUCACAGACUACUGCAUUUGGAUUCAGCGGGUUAAGUCCAAGCACAUCGUCGCACUGGCUGAAGCGUUACAUAAAGCCGAGCUGACCAAGGGUGACCUGGACCUGGAGAUACUGAUUCUAGAGCAAGCUGCUGCACUCACAGUAGAGGAGGAGGAGCAAAUGAAAAGCCAAAAGGCUAAACGCAAAGAGCAAGCAGAGGAAACUGAAGAUGAGGGGGAUGAGGAAGGAUCCAGCAGCUGUAGCAGCAGCAGUAGUGAAGAAGAGGAGGAGCUUGAAAGCAGUGUCUGUAAGUCCGAAGUGCAACACGACCAAGUAGAAAAGCCUAAUACAGCGGUACCUGCCUCGUCUCCUUCUCUGGAGCUCCAGCAUGAAGGGAGGCUGAUCCAGGAGCUAGAAGAGAGACUGAAGGAGGAGCUGAUUAUCGGAGAGGACGUGUCUCAGACGAGGGUUUCCUCCGGCAGCACAGAAGCAGAGGGAAACAGGGAGGGGGAGAGACUGAGAUGGACUGACAACUCCCCACCAACUCUAGAUGGACGAAAAGCAGCAAGUAGCGCAGCUCUGUUGGAACUUCGAUCAAAUAGAAACCCUCUGCGUUUUGUGGAAUCGGAGGAACUCGACAGUGAUGAUGAAGACCAACCGAAUGAGUAAUUGAUUUCACAGGAACCUAAAGAGAUUAAGGACCAUUAACAGAUGGUGAUUUGAUUCUUCUUUGAUGAUAAAUCAAUGCCUACUUUCACACUGCAGGUAAAAGUGGCUGGAUUAUUUUCCCAUGUGUCACAGAUACCAGCAAAUCACGUUUUUAAUUUGGAUCUGGGACACUUUGUGGUAGAAAAAUGUAAUGUGCUUAUAAUAUUUCACUGGGGAAAUAAAACAGGAUGUAAGAUCACGAAGACAGCUAUUAUUGUUUAUUGUUGUUGUUAAAUAUUGUUUAAGUUUAUUCUCAUGUUUUUUACUUAUAAUUAAAUCUUGUUUUGGUGAAUUUUUAGCUGAAUUUAUUUGGGUACACUGAACCCUAAUGAGCACCCGUUCUGAAACAUGCAAUACAGUUGUACCUUGAAACUUCAACGUUAAUUGGUUUGGGCAGUCACGUUGAAAUUCAAGGUAUUUUUUUCAGGAAAACCUGUUAAUGCAUUCCGUGGUCCUGCAUAUAUUUUAGUGUAAUGUAAAUUAAUGGGGUUGUUUUUGACACUUAUACACUAAAAGUAACAUGAGUACAAUAUAAAAUACAAUUGAAAAACAGCUGAAAACCAAUAUAAAAAUACAAUAAAACCUGCACUUUACAUUUACUUCUGUAAACUUACGCUUCUUAAUACCAUAUUCCGUGCAGUAAAGGUGCAUUGACAUGAGUAGUGACAAAAUAGCGUUUGCACUGUUCCGCUUUUUUUUUUUCACCGUUGGUGCACCGCCUGUGAAUGCUCCUUUACUAAACGGAAUACGGUAUGAAGUAUCUCCACGAUUAAGAAGCAUAAGGAUACAAUCAAGAAGUAAAGGUAAAGUGCAGGUUUUACUGGGGUGGCAUGGUGGCUCAGUAGUGGGUAGGUUCUGGUUUCGAUCCCUAGGUGGGGUGGCCCAGGUCUCUUUCUGUGUGGAGUUUGCAUGUUCUCCCCGGGAGCUCCGGUUUCCUCCCACAGUCCAAAAACAUGCAAGUGAAUUGGAGAUACAAAAUUGUCCAUGACUGUGUUUGGCAUUAAACUUGUGAACUGAUGAAUCUUGUGUAAUGAGUAACAACUGUUCUUGUCAUAAAUGUAACCAAAGUGUAAAACAUGACGUAAAAAUCCCAAUAAACAAACAAACAAA